AUGCGAACUUCAUCGACCACGACGGCGUCCGCGAGUAUUCAAUGGUUUGUUGAAUUUCGAAUGAUGCAAACUACUUGGACGCCUCACAGUGACAUAGUUGAGAGCCCUUAUUACACUCAAGGUGGGCUUCCACCGUCUCACCUGCAACCACCAACUCGACCAGCGCCAACCCCAUCGACAUUGGGUUCCUCAGCGACUGGAGCCCACAUACCCCGAGCCCGACUUCCCAGGACUUCUUCCUUGCUACCGCCCUCGCUCAACGAGACGUCCACGAGUCGAACCUACGAACUCCCCGUUACAUAUGCCCGUUUGACAGCUUCGACAUCCUCUGAGUCGCCCGAGCAGACAGACUCGCCGGGAGGACGGAGCGAUUGGGAUCGGCCAUCGACUACCGCUCGCUCCCCGGCACGCCUGAACAACGCACCCUCUAGCUGCCCAUUGGCCACACCUGGCAUUGAUCCCGGUGAUUCAGGGCCGAGUCUCAGUGUCUCUGGGUCUGUCAUUCUUGUCGGCUGUCGGUCCAACAAAGUUGAACCCGGGUUUCUUUUGCACAGCUCGCCGCCUUCUACAAAGCGGUUAUCGCAGGGGUUUCGAGGCAGCCAGCAACCCAGUGACAGCUGUGGCGCCGCUGCCAUCUUUGGGGACCUAGGGUCGGAAUCACCAAACGCAGGGUCCCAUCGCUCAUACAUAGGUCUCCCUGCGUUCGAGCCGCUUUCUCCCUUUGGCCAGGACUACUCGUCUGCCUGGGACCAGCGCGAGUCACCUCAUAGUCGCCAAGGCUCACUUCAUCGACCCGGCAACCAUACUCACAGGACACUUAUGCCACUCGAUCAUGGAGGCGAGCCUCAUGGGGCGCAAGGUCACUCGCGCAGUAGGUCGGGGAAGAGUAGUGGAGAUUCUGGGAGACAUCGGCCCUACAAGUCUUCACAGAAAGCAAUGUUAUCGCGUGCUCUGCAGAAGGCGAAUAUGGCGGUAAACAUGGAUAACGGCAAAGACUUCUCUGGCGCGCGACCUCUGUACGUCGAGGCCUGUGAGUUACUGCAACAAAUUCUCCAGAAGACCGCAGCUCAAGGGGACAAGGAGAAGCUAGAAGCUAUCCAACGAACGUACACCAGUCGCAUAGAGGAGCUAGAUCAGAUAAUGCCUCCAUAUGAAGAGCAUAAAGAUGCCAAGGCUCUUCGUGAGUACAGCCCAAAGAAAAAUUAUCGGCAACAAGACAGAAUUCGGCACGACCAGUCACCAGAAGCCAACGUGGCAUCGGCAUUGGAGACAGCCACUGUGAAACGCGUGGUGUUGGACGAUGCUCAUGAUGCACAGUCUCGGAAUACACGUUCUCAAGCGUACCUCCAACCCUCUCUACUCUCACAAUCAGCUGAGCCCGGUUUCCUACAAUCGUCCUUUUCACGUUCCCCGAUAAGCUCUCGCUUUCCUGAUAACGCCCGGCAGAUGCCCACGAGCGCCGCCUCCACAACGUCCCAGAGUGCCUUGGCUGCACAGAGUGCUGAUGAACGGUCAUAUCUUCCUCGCCAACCAGGGGAAUCUGCAGAGACUCAGUUGUCCCUCAAUGGGAUGACUCACGGGACGCAUCGGGGUCCCGAGCACUCACGAGAGGAUAGCCAGCAUUCGUGGUUGGACCCUAUAGAUGAGUCCGGUGGCUCGACAGGCUCUUCUGUCCACUCACGCACAUCGUCCUUGGGCUAUCGACGAAGGCAAAUACGUCCUGCAAGUGGCGGCACUGAGGCCGAGUUCGACAACGCCUUGGACGAGGCCAUUGAGGCUGCGUACAACGAUGGCUACGAGCCCGCAGCAGGACCUCCGGAGCAACAAGAAGCUCAUGAUGAGGUAGUAGCUAACGCUUUGCGGAAAGUUGAGUUAGCACGUGAGCGCGUACGACAGACUGGGAGGGAGGCGUAUGAGCUAGCCAGCGAGAGGGAGAGAGAGCGCUUUCAGCUCCAGCCGCAAAGACCCGACUAUGCAGAUCGACGUGAUCCCUCUGCAGGUCAAUUUUUCGAUGACUCUUCUGACGAGGAAGAGAGGAUAUUGGAUGAAUUCACUCGUGACUGUGGCUUGCAUCAGGAACCUCUGAGCCGGCGCCAGCAGCCGGCCAUGUCCUCUGUGCCUCGCGAAUCUGACUCCAGCGGGUUCACAUCCCGUACAUGGCAGAGUUCCAUAGGCUCCAAUCCUCCUGGCACCGGCGCCACAACACUUUCGACCGUCACAGAAUCGAUCUCGGAAAAGGCGCUACCCAUUCCACCCACAUCCACAACACCACCGCCGCCCCUGGCGCCGCCACCAACACAAGCAUUACCGGAAAUACCACAGCAGAGUCUGCAGACGUCCACCACACAGACUGUGCGCAAUCGUCGCAUGUCUGGCCAGGCACACAGACAGCUGAAAAUCGAGACGAUGAAGUUAACACCACCCCCUCCGCCGCCCGCUUUGGAGCAAAAGUCGCCUUAUAUGGACACCUCUCCGCCUAGUGGACAGGAGUCUUCUCGACCCUUGGAAGGCAAUACACGUCCCUACGCCAUUCCGCGUCGGACCUCGUCACCUCCAGUUGGGCCCAGUCCACUGGAUACACGGCCUCUCGAUUCGCCGUUUGCGCCACGAGCGGCACAAGAUGCAGACGAUGCGGACGCCGGACGCUCUACGUCUCCUUCCAUUAGCAAGCUGAAGAAGAACUUCUCCUCAUCCAGCUUGCGAAGUCUGAAAGUUCGAAAUAUGUCGGUAUCACACCUUGAUGAAGGGUCUGAGAUGUCUCCCGGCACGCCCACCAGCUCUCACUGGGCCAAUUCGCAAACACCCAUGAUGCCAAGCAUUCCUCCAGCAGUAGCCGUCAACCUGCAAAAGUUCGAUGCGAGCAUGCCCAUCUUCGAUGACAAUUUCCACUUUCCGGAUGACCCGGGCGCGACCGAUCUGAAUGAUCCUGAGGCGCCGAUCUCCUUGGAGCCGUGUCCAACUGACUUUUUGCUUCGUCCAUUCUGGCUCAUGCGCUGCCUAUUCCAGACCCUGGUGCAUCCCCGUGGUGGAUAUGUGAGUUCCAAACUAUUCGUCCCUAGGGAGGCCUGGAAGGUCAAAAACGUCAAGCUCAAGAAUGUGGAAGACAAGAUUGCCAACUGCGAUCUCCUGACCGCGGCUCUUCUCAAGUUGGCACGCGUUGACACAUGCGAUGCAGACGCCAUGCUGGAGGAGAUGCAGGCUAUUGAGAACAUUCUGGAGCAGGUCCAAGCCUCGCUGGUGCGCAAACUCGGGAACGAAGUAGGUGUUUCCAACGCCUCGGCCAUGUUCAAGGAGGCCACUGUGCCUGCGGAUGGCGAGAUGGCGAUGCCACGAUCUGCGAGCGUAUCGGGUAAAUCCUCAUUUUCCUGGCGGAGGCUUCGUUCCAAGAACUCCGCGGCUACUUUGACGGCACAGAGUCGGAGCACUCCAAUCGAGACUAUUAAGGAGAUACAAACGGUUGCAUCGCUUCCGAUGACAAGUCAGCCAUCACGAAAGCCGGCUAAGAGGGACAUGAGCCAGGCGAACUUCUCGGGUCCCAAUGCAUCAUACAUGGGCUCACUUGCCCGAUUGUUCGAUGCUGCUCAAGCGAUUGAUCAGAUAGCAAGACAAGUCGAAGAUCCUGGGUUAAAGCAUGCCGACAAGACUCAGGUUGGCCUGGAGCUCUGCACGCGCCACGCGGCCGAGUUCUUCGGAUUCUACAUUCCGAUGAGCUCGGCCUGCUGGAGCACAGGGCGAGUCUGGUGCCUACCAAAAUGGCACCAACCUCGGUGUCUCGUCAAGCGUAUGAGCUUGCCACGAGCUUCCACCUUUCUCUUUCGAACCGCGACGCGACGCGCCUACUACUCGAACAAACCUUCGCCUGCCGAGUUGGAAAAACGCAUUGCUGCGAUACCUAUCGAGAGGUAUCGUAACUUUUGCAUCGUUGCCCAUAUCGAUCAUGGGAAGAGCACUCUAAGCGAUCGGCUGCUAGAGCGCACGGGGACGAUAUCCGCAAGCGACGCGAACAAACAAAUCCUAGAUAAAUUAGAUGUUGAGCGGGAACGUGGAAUCACAGUGAAGGCCCAGACUUGCACCAUGCUGUACAAGCACGAAGGUCAAGACUACCUGAUCCACCUUGUUGACACACCCGGCCACGUCGACUUUCGCGCAGAAGUAACCAGAUCAUACGCCAGUUGCGGAGGCGCACUGCUCCUUGUCGACGCCAGUCAAGGUAUCCAGGCGCAGACAGCGUCCAACUUCCAUCUAGCGUUCGCACAGGAUCUUGCUCUGGUCCCGGUGAUCAACAAGAUUGAUAUGCCCUCCGCAGACGUCCCGCGGGUUUUAAAACAAAUCGAAUCGAAUUUUGAGCUUGAUCCAAGCCACGCCGUCCUUGUCAGCGCAAAGACCGGAAAGGGGGUGGACAGUAUUCUUCCUGCAGUCGUUAAAAGGAUUCCCCAUCCAGUGGGCGACGAGAAGAAGCCAUUGAAGAUGCUUCUUGUGGACUCUUGGUAUGACAACUUCAAAGGAGUGGUGCUUCUCGUCAGGAUCUUUGAUGGUGUUGUGAAAGCUGGCGAUCAUGUCGUAUCCUUGGGUACGGGUAUGAAGUACACCGUUGGCCAGGUCGGAAUACAGUAUCCGAAUGCUACUCCGCAGGGUGUGCUGCGCGCCGGACAAGUUGGCUACGUCUUCUUCAAUCCCGGCAUGAAGAAAAUACAGGAUGCGAAGCUGGGAGAUACCUUCACCACUGUUCAAGAUCAGCUCACUGUCGAGCCAUAUCCUGGCUUUGAAGAGCCACAGCCCAUGGUCUUCGUAGCCGCUUUCCCCACAGACCAAAGUGAUUACACCCGAAUCGCUGACAGCAUUAGCCAGCUCGUUCUCAAUGACCGCAGCGUCACGCUGCAGAAGGCUUUCUCCGAGGCUUUGGGCUCUGGCUGGAGGUUAGGCUUUCUGGGCAGCCUCCACUGCUCAGUCUUCCAGGAUCGCCUCAAAGGCGAGCAUGGUGGCGAUGUGAUUAUCACUGAACCUUCAGUCCCCUCGAAGAUUAUACAUCCAGAUGGGUCAGAAGAAAUCAUCCAGAAUCCGGCUUUGUUUCCCGAACCUGGCGAUCAGAAAACGCGAGGAUGUCAUGCCCUUGAACCGUUUGUGCGAGCCACAAUGACAACACCCGAGGAGUACCUGGGACGUGUGAUCGAGCUCUGCGAAGCAAAUCGGGGAGAGCAAAGGAGCAUCGAUUUCUUUCACACCACGCAGGUUAUUGUUGUCUAUGAUCUACCGGCAUCCCAGCUAGUGGACGACUUCUUCGGCAAGCUCAAAGGCGCCACGAAGGGGUAUGCGACACUAGAUUACGAAGAUGCGGGUUGGAGAGAAAGCAGACUUGUCAAGCUGCAGCUUCUUGUGAACAAGCAACCCGUUGACGCCAUUUGCCGAGUGGUUCACACUUCACAAGCAGACCGCCUAGCUCGUCAUUGGGUUACCAAAUUCAAAGAGCAUGUUGACCGACAGAUGUUUGAAAUUGUUAUUCAAGCAGCUUCGGGUAACAAGGUGCUUGCGCGAGAGACUAUCAAGCCGUUUCGAAAGGAUGUGUUGGCGAAGCUCCAUGCCGCCGAUAUCACAAGACGUAAAAAGCUUUUGGAAAAACAGAAAGAGGGCAGGAAGAGGCUGCGGGCCAUUGGCAACGUUGUUAUCGAACAGUCCGCUUUUCAGAAAUUUUUGGCUAAAUAA